AUGCUUUACCUUCGUGCAUGACACUUUGUUUGAACCUCGCGUCGUAUUCCGCUCGGCGCUCCGUUUUAUAUAAAUAAACUGCUCUUAAACUGCUUAAUCUCUCGUAUUUUCAUAAAUUAACUAAUAAUUCUUAAAUUAUUUUUCUGAUAUAAACUAAUAAUUUUACAUGUUGUAUAUAAAUUAAAAUACAUUUUAAUUUCUCUAAUAUGUCACAAAUAGAGCGAAUAUUCGAUACAAACAAGGAACAAUAUUUAGCUAAAUUUCCUUUUAAAAUCGCUUAUUCUAAUGUUUGUAAAGAAAUAAAUAAAUGUGAUUGUAAGAAAUUUUAAAUUGAGGUGCCUGUCGCACACUUUUAACGGGCAGAGUUUUGAUCAUUGGGUUAUCAAGGGUUGAUGUGGAGAGAUGCUCACGAUGAAUGCGGAGGAAACUAAAGUGGGCUGCUUUCAAAUGGUGUUAGUGCUGCUACUCGGAAUAAACUAUGUCAUCGUUGCCAUGAGUCACGCGUUGCCGGUUUUUCAUAAUUACACACCAAAAUUUUAUUGUCAGAUGAAAGAUUCAACGAACGAAAGCUUUGGCUGUCAAACCGCGGCAAAUUCAUCGAUUGUUGCCAAUUUAACUUUUGCAUUGCCGGAAGUACCAGUGCUUACGUCCUGUUCCGGCGAAUAUCGCUUCGUAACGGAAUUUACGGAGAACAGCGUAGUCACCGAAUGGGGUUUAAUAUGCGAGAAACGGUACCUAUCUGUUCUCGGGCCAGCUGUUUAUUGCAUAGGGGUGCUUUUGGGUGCAUGGAUUACCGGAUUUCUAACUGAUCGUAUUGGCAGACUUCCGGUUCAAGCGAUAUGUCUUUACGCACAAGGCACGAUGGCAGUCGCACUUUAUAUUGUGCAGAGCUAUCCUGCGUUUUUGGCGUUACGUGGUCUUCAAGGAGUAUUCGUUCAGGGCUUGCAGAAUUCUACAUAUAUUCUCUCCCUGGAAUUAUUUCCAGCGCGAUCUCGCACUCUCGUCGCAUUGAUUAUGCAGAUUUUCUGGUCGAUCGGUCUCGUAUUACUCGCAGUACUCAGCUACAUGAUUCCCGAUUGGCGAAUUUUGCAGCUGGCUAUUUCUGUACCCACCGCGAUCACAGUGCUAUAUAUUUGGAUUAUACCGGAAUCGCCGAGAUGGCUGCUGGCUAGAAGAAAAUUAACAGAAGCCGAUAUGGCGCUUGAAAGAAUUGCAGUAUACAACAGCUGCUGCAUUGGGUUACGAAGAAAGAAUAUUCCUGUGCAAGAAGCAUACGUGAAAAGUGACACAACACUAAUAAAACCGGAGAGGAAGUCGCGUGUCACUAGCGUCGAACUUGAAAAAGUGAGGACUGACGAAAAUCGGCGAGAGGAAGCUACGAAUUUGUUAAACGAAUCGGAACUAACUAAACAAAAAAUUAUAGAAAGAACUUUGAAAACAAAUUCGACGAAUUCGGAAAAUAAAUUUGCUAAUGUAGAAUUACACCAAGAGACGCCAAGUUCAACGAAAAAUUUUGACAAGAGACACUUGCCUUCGGGUUCGAAAUGCGAUGAAAAGUCAAAGAUGAUUACACAACCAAAGUGCGAUCGAAGGAUUUCCCUGAAAGGUACAGAGGAAGUAAUGUUACGUAGACUAAAGACAGAAAAAUCGAAUGAAAAUGAAGAGAAAACGAUCAAGAGAAAUAGUGUCAAAAAACAGGCCACGAACAAGAUAAACUCAACAUUCGAAAACGCAAUCAAAUCGCCGAUAUUAAAAAAAUACGGUGCUAUAAUGAUUUGUCAAUGGUGGACAUCUGCAAUGGCGUGCAGCAUACUUGAUGAUUUGACACCGAGUUUUCUGAAUAAUAGGCACAUCACGUUCGCCCUGGGUGCAGCUCUCGAAGUGGCGACGUAUACAUUUAUAUACUUUGUACUAUCUAAAUACGGUAGACGGCUGCCAAUGUGCGCAUACCAAUCUCUCAAUGGCAUUGUUUGUAUUUUAAUUGCGGCUAUCUUCAUGUUAAUCACUGUCAUUGCACCAUGGACUGAUCUCGCAAAGACGAUAAUGUUGCUGUUUGCCAAAGUGACUAUUACAAGUACUCUUUCUAUUGCCUAUUUGUACACUGUUGAAAUAUUCCCAACAGUGAUACGAGGUAGUUGCUUAGGUCUAUGCGUGGUAUUCGCAAAAAUCGGCAGUUUAAGCAUGCCGCAUUUACUUUUAUUGAGACAACAUGUAUCACUUCCGAUACUGUUACUUGUUGUUGGAACGUUGUGUCUCGUCUCUGGUGUAUUGGUUCUGAUUUUACCAGAGACAUUGAAUAAAAUUCUACCUGACCAAGUGACGGAUAUAGAGAAACGUGUAAUCAGCGACAGUUGCAAGAGUGAUAAUACCAAUAUCUAUAUAGAUAAUAAAUAUGAUAUAAAGGAAGAAAAAGAAGAGGCAGAGAGGCAAAUUCUAAGAGAAAAACUCUUUUCAGAGGACUGGGUAGAUGCUGGCAAUGGAAUUUUGGUGAAUUUCACAGAGAAUAAAAAUAUCGAGUGAUUUAUAAAAUAAAAUGACUUUGUAUUUAAAAUUAUUAUACUUGAUGAAACAUAUUCAAUUAAUUUUAUUCUUACGAAAUCCUCACGUAAAUUAUUCGCCCGCAAAAUAACUUUAAUAAAACUUUUGUAAACGUUACAAAACAAUAACAAUUGUCAAUAAUCAAGCCAGCCACGUCCGCCAAGAGCGAGUACAAUUCUUAUAAAUCUCUGGGUAUUUAAUAAAUGCUCGUUAUCUCCAAAAAA